GUACUCUUACUAUUUUUAACAUCCUUAAUCUUUAAUAUUCAAGAGCGUUAAAAUAUAUUUGUAUUCACGGUCAUAAAUGAAAACGAAUGAUACAUAAAAAAUUCAUUCUUUCUAAAUUAAGAAUUAGGUAUGACUUUUGUUUUGUUUAGUCCAGGAGUCGGCAACUUUUUAAAAAAAAUCCAUCUGCAUGAAGGCAGGCCAGGGGUGGAUUGUGUAGUUUAAUUAAUUUUAGUUUAGACAGUUUAGUAGCCUAUAGACUAUAGUAUAGUAUAGUCUAAAAACUAAAAAUAGUUACUUACUAUACUUAACUAUACUAAUACUAAAAUACUACUACUAGUAAAAACUAGUUAUUAAUUUUUAUUAAUCAAAGUAAAUGAUUAGACUGAUUAGAUCAUUAAUUAAAAGUUAGUAAGGAAACAUGUUAUUACAUUUUUCAUUUUACUGUACACAUUCAUUUCAGCGCAUAGUAAGACUUAGGGUAACUAUAAUUAAUAAUAUAAUAUAAAUAUAAGCUGUAAGUAUAAGACUUUUAUAAGACAGACUAAAGUCCUCAGAUGAAACAGAGCACACUCACAUUUUUGUACCCACAUUGCCCACAUUUUUUACCAAAUCCUGUAUUGUUAUCGACCAGUAGUAAAUGUUAAGUGUUGUACAAGUGAAAGUAAGUUAAACUACAUGAAAUAUUGUUAUUAUUAUUAAUGUAAAUAGUUUCAUUUAUAAACUUCUCACUUGUAUAUAAUUAAUUGAGUGUUCAGCACACAUGACAUUACAUUACACUGACUGAUUUUUGCUUGCAAUAUCAGAAUCAGGUGAAAAAAAAAUUAUGUCUUCAGCUGUGGAAACAGAUUCAUUGCUUUUUGAACCAGGUGUUAAGAAAAUUUUGGUUACUGUUGUAGGUGAAGUUUUUUCAGAGAACACUCAUAAACAUGCUUCAGCAUUUUGACAUGCGACUUUAAAGUUUCGCUGUCACAUGUCAAGCAUUCAACUCCCUGGUUGUAUCGACCUACACGAAAACCAGGGUAUUGGGUUUUCAGUGGUUCUGUUGUAAAUAAUAAACACUUACACAAAUUAAUUAUUUAUCAAUUAUCAUGAAAUUGCGUUACCGCUAUGUGUUAUGUUUCGCAUUGUUACCUUAGUAACCCUUAACAUGGAACUAUAUGUUUCUGGUGGGUGUUUAUUUCAUGGAACAGAAUAUCAUAUAACAUGGGAAAAAAUGUAAGUAAGAAGCAGUGGGAACGCUACACCGCCGGGUCCCAGGACCUGGUAAAAAAACUUGGGACCUGGCAAAUGACCUGGUAAAUUUUUAUUAGUUACUAAUAUUGUAUAUAUGCUCAUUAAGCGUAAACUACAUCACAUGUAAGAGAACUAUUUUAAAUGCCUUUAUAUGUUUAAAUUUUUAUCGACAACAAAAGUCAAUAUAACGUAAAAAUAAAAUGUAAUAUAUAUAAAAUUUAAGUUUUUAACUUCUAAGAGGCCAGCCAUAUAUUACGUACGCAAAAAUAUCACGAAUAAAUUUUAUUUUUAAUACAUUUUUUUGGGACCCGCCUAAUUUUUUUAAGACCUGCAAGGGACCCGCCAUGUUAAAUAUGAUGGCGUCGCCACUGGUAAGAAGGUAUGGAGGGAUGGAAAUGGAUAAAACCAGGACAAAAGCCAUCUUCCUGGAAAGCUGCCUGGACAGAGGCCUAUAAAGAGGACAUGUCUGGGAAAACCUGGACUCAUUGCCACCCUAAGCAAACAGUGUUUGAGUUUAUCAUAGUCCGUCCCCCAGUAACAAUGAAGGGAUUCAGAAGUGAUAAGAGCCCGUCUGUUGCCAAGCUUUCUUAUCAGUUUGCGCUUCGCGCGCAAAUAUAAAUUUUCUUCAUUCUGCUUUGGGGGCACCAGUGACAAACGUCAUUUGGGUCAACAAAGUUUUGUUGAUGGACUACAACAGAGUGUUCAUAGACUCUGUGUCUAGUCUGAUUUAUGUUUGCAUAAGCCUCCCAUGCAUCUAAGGCAGCGGUUCUCAACCUGUGGGUCGCGACCCCUUUGGGGGUCGCGGGACCCUUUUCCAGGGGUCGCCCUAAGACCAUCUGAAAACAUAUAUCAUUACAGUUAUGAAGUAGCAACGAAAAUAAUUGUGUGGCUUGGUGGUCGCCACGACACGAGAAACAGUAUUAAGGGGUCGCGGCACUAGAAAGGUUGAGAACCACUGAUCUAAGGUAAUUUGUGAACCUGGUAGAGUAUAUCCUGUUAUGCACCAACUCUGGCACUUAAACAAGAAAACAUUGCCCAUCCUUUCUUUCAAUGCCAGUAAAAACCCAAUAGCCUUUUAUCCGCUGUCCACUACUGAGCACUACUGAGCCAAAAAAUGCAAUUUUUGAAUAGCCGAUGCUGAAAUGCUAAAUUACAGAUAUUUAAUAAUUUUCAAACUAAGAGUUAGAUUAGUCUAAUUAGUUGCAUGUGACUCUGGAGAAUCAGGUUGCUGACCAGCGAUUUUGUCCAUAACUAGUAGGUGUAUUUUAGUAGAUUUUACUUUUACAAGAUUUUUAACAUGGGAGUAAGAAUAUAGCAGUGAGUGGUGGCCAGAGUAUGAUUUUGGAGGCCCCUUGCAACUUUUUAACUUUUUUGCCCUUUGAAUUCAAAGUUGAUGGGGAUAUUUUAGUUUUUUUCCAAAUCCCAACUUUGGGCCCCUUAAUAUCUUUAGUCCCCCUGCAGCCAAGACACCUCCAGCAGCCAAAAUUUUUUUAAUAUGCAUACCACAGAAAAGAUCAAAUUAAUUAGGCAAAUGCAUUUACUUUUAUUUUAAAAUAAAUUUUAAUAAAAAUUUGCUUGUAUCAAUCAUUAAGCUCUGUGAUUGUGUAGGACUAUUGUGUUUUUCUAAGUUUAAGACAAAAAAAAGUUCAUCUUUUCAGGUCUCUUUUGAAGCAGUGUUGAAAAUCUUAGCCAGAAACCAGAUCGAAAAUUCAUUUAACUUUCAUGCAUCGAAUGAUGCUUGAGUUAUUAGCCAAGGCAUUUCACAUCCAUCAGCUGCUUCUGUAAAAGCUAUCUUCAUCGGGGCCAGGUCUCUUUGGGCUCUUCUCUAUUGCUAGCCAAUUUUAAACCGCAAGGAUGCUCCUAAAUUAACAGUGGAUGAAGGCUGUAGUUACUUGAGAAAUAAAAAAUAAUGUUGUUUGAGAAUAGGACCAGACCUGUUUACUCUUACGAUUUUGGCAUACAUUGUACGAUUUUGAGGUGUAUACAUUAUAUAUACUUUAUGUUUAUUUGUUUACGAUUAAGAUAAUGCAUUGAAUGAUUUUUGUCAUGAUAUUGAAGAUUUUAAGAGUUUGAGGGUAACAGGUCUGUAGCACUGCAAAAAUGUGAUCUUGGAUAAAAAAAAUAUUUUUUUAAAUGUGCGAAUGUAAAUUUAUUUACUACCCUUUACUGACUUUACAUUAAUAGAUAUUUGACUCAAUUAAAUUAAUAUGUUUGCAGGGUACAUGGCUGGUAGCCUGAAAAGGUUUAUUGGUAUUUUAAGUCAUCAAGUGUAUACACAGGAUUUCUCAAAAUCAUCACUUUAUUGUAAACUUGUUAAUAGACAAGCAGGAUUUGUAACAGCUGCAAUGGGGGAUGAUGUGAGUUUAUUUUACAUAUUAUAGCCAUUAGAUAAAAUUCCAAAAAAAACUCUACCUUUUUUGUGUGUAUAUUAACGGGUAUCUAUAAAUAAUUAUCUGAUUAGUGCGAAUAAUUAUCAUUAAAAGAUUUAUUUUUUCAGAAACCUGUUGAAAAUAUUAUACGUAAGAAGCUAACAGAAGCUUUAAAAGUAAGUGCAAUCUUCUUUGAAAAAGUAUAUUCUUCACUCUUUUGAACAUUUAAUUCUGAUUUUUACUAAAGUUUAAAUGUUUACUUGACAAUAUUUUAUUAUAUUAGUAUUUGAUUACAUAAUUUGGUCUAAAUAUUAACAGGAAAAAUACAUUUUAAUCUGUGUGUUUUAGCAAUUGACAAACAUCAACAAUAAAUUUAUUAUGAAUAACUGACAUAGAUUUAGUUUCAUUAACUUUUGACCAUUCCUAAAUUAUUUUGUCAGCCUGAAUACUUGGAUGUGAUCAAUGAAAGCUACAUGCACAAUGUUCCUAAAGGUGAGUGAAUAUAAUUUUUUAAACUGUUCAAGCAGUGCUUUUAAGUUAUUUUUUGUUAAGUUUUAAUAUUGUUUUGUUUUUUUUGCAAUUUAUUUUGAUGUGCUCUGCAAUUUUUUAUUAUUUAAAACCUUAAAUGAAAUGUUUCUUUUUUUUUUUCUACUUAGAGCUUAACUAUGAAUGUUAGUGCUUAAGAAUUUUAUUUUAAUAUUAUACUACUUGUACUUGUAGAGCUAAACUUCCAUAUCUACUCCAUACAUUAACAUUAUGUUUGCUGUCCAUUCUAUACAUUACACUUUGAUUUUAUUUACAACCGUGUUUGCACACACACGUAAGAAAACUGGGGUAAAUGUACUUAAAAACUUUAUCGCAGUCCAACACUUUUAUAAUAGUGAAAUAAUUAGUAAAGGUUUUUAAACAAAUGAAAUGUAGCAUAACCCAUGACAUUAAAAUUAAAUUUUGUAUUUGCUUGCAUUCUUGUUUCAGGAACUGAGUCUCAUUUUAAAGUUGUGAUUGUUUCUUCUGCUUUUGAAAAUGUAAAACGUAUUGAAGUAAGUUUGAAAAUAUUACUUAAUGGUUUUGAUAAAUCCAUCUCCACACUACUUGCAGGGGCCACCAGUGUGCAGAUUUUAAAUUUCCCCCCAAGAACUUGAAAAAAAUGUUUGAAAAGAAGUUUUAUUUCAAGUAGCUGCUUUCUUAUAUAUUCCAUUUUUAAACAACAUGGUAUGGGAUAAAAAAUUAAAAAAUCAAAUAUACUAUAUAGGUUUUGGAAUAUUACAGUUAUCACCAUUUAUUGAAUGAUAUUGAGGAAUAACCAGUAAUCAGUAAGCUAGAAAAUAUAUAUUUUGUACCAUCUUAUAUAUUAGAAGAUGCGAGCUGUGAGCAAUUGAUAUAUAUCUGUAUUUUAAAAAUACCAGAUAUUUUGUAUUUCAAACAGUCAAACUAACGUAUGUAUGUCAGCGAGAAACCUUCAUCAGUUGUAAAAUGAAAGGACUGACAAAUACCAUGGUAAAACAAUGUCUUGGUAUUGGACCAAAUGAAAACAAUGUCUUGGUAUUGGGACCAAAUGAAAACAAUGUCUUGGUAUUGAGACCAAAUGAAAACAAUGUCUUGGUAUUGAGACCAAAUGAAAACAAUGUCUUGGUAUUGAGACCAAAUGAAAACAAUGUCUUGGUAUUGGGACCAAAUGAAAACAAUGUCUUGGUAUUGGGACCAAAUGAAAACAAUGUCUUGGUAUUGGGACCAAAUGAAAACAAUGUCUUGGUAUUGGGACCAAAUAAAAUUAGAGAUAAGAGAGGUAAAUGCCCGAGGCCUCAGAAAAAUAUGAAUAGGAACUUAAAAACAAAGGGAACUUGAGAUUUAUUUGGGUCAGCUUUGACAUGAAUGCAAGUUUCAUAGCCUAUUAAAUAAAAUGUGUUACUAACUGAUGAAUGUUUAUAAAUGAUCUCCAACCAAUUCAGAAACAUCAACUUGUUCACAAAGCUAUUCAAGAAGAAAUUGACAAUUCCAUUCAUGCAUUAUCUAUAGUCGUAAGUAUUAACUUUACUGCUGGUGUUCAUAUUAAAAAAUAAUCUCUAUUGAUGUCGCAAAUGUAAUAUGUGAAGGUUUUUUUUUCCCCAAUUCUUUUAAACAGAAAUUUAUUUUACAUUUGUUGAGGCCAACAUAGGAUUCCAUAAUUUGUAUCUUAGCUCCUCUACCUUAAAGGUCUCAUUUUAUUAGUAUGAAACAUCAGAAUAAUUGUGGAACCAUUUUAAUUAAUUUUCAGGCCAAGACACCCAAAGAAUGGGAUACGUCACAAGACAUCGGAAAAUCCCCUGCUUGCCGCGGCGGGGCGGGCUUGUAAUCAACACAUCCUUGUUUAUUGUGUCUUGUUUGAGUUUUAUGAAUGUAUUGUUUCAUAAAAUAUGAGUGCAGGAUUUAAAGCUGGGAUAUGUGGCAGUGUUUUGAUUGCUCCAACCUUAAAAACAGAAUAAAUCCUUACAAUACACACACGUUUUGUUAAAAUUGAAUAUUUGGACCAGCUGGUUGGCUUGUUGUGAAUUAUCUUAUGUUUCAUAUGAUAACUUUGGCUUUUUUUUUAAAAAACUGCAAAAUGGUCUAAUUACCAAUGGAAUCAAAUAAAAAUCUGUGUGCCUUGUUUUAUAUUGUGUGUACUUGUAGUUGGAUGGUGUGUCCCUUGAACUUGCAAUGUUUUUUCUUCAUAUUUUGACCAAAUCUUGCUUGGAAAAGAAUUAAACAUUUACAUAAUAAGUUUU